CUGAUGGAAGGCUGCUAGUCACAGGUUGUGAGGAUAGAAACGCGUACGUCUGGGACAUUCACGUUAUCCUCAAGGCAGCUAGCCUAGAAGACCUCCUGACCAUACCUGAUGCUCAAAAAUCUGAACUCAAAAAGAGGGUAUGGAUUGUUUUUUGGUUUUUCAAGAAUGAAACACGCUAAUGUUCCACUCGCACAAGUUAUUGACAGGUGCUAAUGCUACGCGACGACCACCCAUCCGUCCAACCCCCCGUCGAGUGCCAGCAGGCUUUUUCGAUAACGUGAAAGACCAAGAUACUCCCUCUGUACAUCGCCGCCGCCGUCCUUUUUCACCCUCCUGGGGAUCACGUCUAAAUAUGUUCCUCGCUCGCCCACCCCAACUUUUUCGUCGUCCCCAGCCCAACGCUAGUGGGCCAAUCGAACUCCAGCAACGCCAAGGACCUAGUACUUCCUCUCGUCGUAGUCCUCCUAUUGUCGAAGUUCCUGCACUAGAUGACAAGAAGGCACUGUAUACUGCUCGGCGGCAGGAACGAGCUAGCGACAAGGCGAAACGCAUAACGAACCCCAGAUUGUGGGUUCGUGUUGUGUUGUUCCUCUGUUGUGCAUCUCCGUCCACCGAUGACGGUCAUUGAUGGUGUCAGAACACGCAGAAUCACAUUCAUCUUGACAUCCUCCUUUUUGUUGUACUGUUUAUAUGCUGUGCGUCUCCGUCCACCGACAACGGUUACUGAUGGUAUUAGAAUAUGCACAAUCACAUUCAUUUUGAUGUUCUCCUUUUGUUAUCUCUCAGUGUUUCUGCUAUCAUUAAUAACAAUCAUCGACGCCUCGCAUUAUAGUUCG